CGCGUACGGUACAUUCUGCUGGAUUGAUUGAUGUGGCCACUGUCUGUUACUGCAGAAGAAUUGCACAAAUUAGAAAGGUCCUUGGUCAAGACUUAUGUGUGACUGAGAAUCAACUCUCUCACCAUGGGCCUGUUGACAGACACUCGAACCCAAGCUGUCCUGUCUCGUAUUAUCCUGGCUGUCCAUAAGCCUCUGGAGGUGGUUCUCUAUAUCGCCGGUGUGGCUUCAUUGUUUGCAUUGGCAUUCACCCCUCUUAAUGAUAAGACUUACUUCUCUGAAAAUGCUCUGUUACCAGGCCUGGUGGAGAGGAAGUACCUGAUUGAUCGUAGCAUCAAGGAUUACGCCAAGGAACUGACCCGACUUGGAGCUGUAGAUAAUGGUAAAGGGCCUAUCCCUGAAGAAUGGCUGAAAGCUCAGUUUAUAAACCUGGGCUUAGAUGUAUAUUCACAAAACUUUACUGUACAGCACCCGUUCAUCACUAAAACAAAUGGAACCCAAGGAACUGGAGGUGUCACUGGAACCAAUGUGUAUGCUAUUCUUCGAGCCCCAAGGAUUGCAGGUACCGAAGCUAUAGUCAUCACAGUACCCUAUCGUAAUAAAGAGGCUGAAGCAGGCAGGUCAAGGACUCACCAUGGCAUUGGCCUGAUGUUGUCAUUAGCAAGCUUCUUCAGCAAGAACACAUUUUGGUCAAAGGACAUUGUCUUUGUGGUUGUGGACAAAGAAGAGGUUGGGAUGCAAGCCUGGUUAUCAGGCUACCAUGAUAUCCAGUCAGAGUAUCUCCAAACAAGUCUAAUGCUCGGACGUAGUGGCUCUAUCAUUGCAGCCAUCAAUUUAGAACUUGGUUCUGAAUUUACUGAUCACAUUGACUUGAAGAUUGAAGGUUUAAACGGACAGUUGCCCAACCUGGAUCUGUUCAACCUGGCUGUCAGACUUUGUCGUUUAGAGAGGGUCCCUGUAACAUUCCAGAAUAGAGCUGACCCUCCCGAAAGACUGGUGCUAAAGUGGGCAGGACUAAAGCAUUCAGCCACAACAAUGCUUCUCAACAUGGCUAAGCAAGCUAGUGGAAAGCCAAGUGGAAUCCAUGGUCUGUUUGUGCGCUACCACAUAGAAGCCCUGACUCUCCAGGCUCAUCCUGCAAAGCGUGGGUUGGGAGUAGAAGCAGUUGGACGUGUCAUGGAGGGAGUUGUUCGCAGUAUCAAUAAUCUCCUGGAGCGGUUUCACCAGUCUUUUUUCUUUUACGUCCUCCCCAGCUGUGAAAGAUAUGUUUCAAUUGGCCUGUACAUGAUUCCGUUUGGACUUUUGUUGGUUGUGCCCACACUGCGCGCUAUGGCCCUUUGGCUUCUUGCAGUUCAACCCAUCGAACAGAUUACCACUUCAGAUGAAAAAGAUCAGGAUGAGAAAGAGGACAUUGAUAAAAAAGCAAAAAAAGAAGGUCGUCCCUUUGGUCAAGUAAUGCCUCUCAUAAUAGGUGCACACAUCAUGGGAGCCAUACUGUUUGUAAGUCCACAGUACCUCGUCAGUGAGCACAUCAAAGCGUUCAAUGUCAGCCAACAAGGUGCCAUUGCUAUUGGAUUUGCAGCAUUCUUUGUUGGCUCGUCAUCACUUCCCAUUUUUGGUCGGAGGAGUAAUUUUCAAACAAAUGAGCAACUUCCUUCGGACUGGCAGCUCUUAAAGUGUCUGACACUCAUUUGGUACACUGUGACUCUGCUGGCGGUGUCCAUGUUCAACUUUUCUCUCGCUUUCUUUGUUGCUGUGCCAACGAUUCCCAUUGUGGUCCUUGUCCGACCUGUAGAACGUGUAAUCUUGAAAAUAAUUCAGGGGUUUCUUCUGAUGGUGAUAUCCCCCCUAUCUUUGAUAUAUUCUUUUAUAACUCUUAAUCAUGGCUAUUUUCAUUCUAGCGAUGCUAUGAUAGACAUUCUUAACCAGGGAUUGUACAAGACUGUAGAAUCCUUAUUUGAAGGUGUGGUCAAUGCUUACUUGUUUGGCAACAAAACAUUUGCUUUGAUAACACUUGUUUGGUUUCCCAUCUGGUUUCUGUUUUGGGUAGUACUCUUUAGGAAAGCAAGUAGUACAAAGAUUUCUAAAUGAUUUGUGUCAAAAGUUAUCUAUAUAAAGCAUGUGGAAGUAAGAAUCUAAAUAAUUUCCUGUCCUAAAUACAUGUAUGAAUUUGUUCUUUCACUGAUGACACAUACAGUUUAAUCUGCCCGAGUAAAAUAUUUUGGGACCAAAAAAUGUUGUUGAUAAUGCAACAUUGCACUCCAGUCUGAAAAACAAAAUGCUUUGACAUACACUAUUCUUUGACUUUCAUUGUUUUGAAAGUUGAAUUUAAAAGCGUAGUCAAGUGUACAUGUGAACCCUUGGUAUGUAAAACACAAUUGGCAGUCACAUACAUGUUAAUACACUGUUCCAGUGAAAUUCAUCAUGCAAAUGAUAAAAUAUAUUGAAGUGAAAUGCAAUUAUGCACAGUGCAAACUCAAAAUGCAAUUGCAUUGGUUAUGGACAAAGUCAAUAGAAAAUCUGUUUCAUCUGAAAUUUAUAAAUAAGUGAUUAUUCUCACUCUUAUUGACAACAGUCAUUUGAUAUGAUGCUAUUUAUGACUGAAUUAUGAAUUCUGUCUAAAAAACAAUAAAAUAAAAAGAUUAUAACACAAAGAAAUGCAUAAGAUAUUUAAAAAACAAUAAAGUACAUAAAUUGAUUUUGGUAGAUUUUUUUUAUUUUUAGUUGUUAGGGAAAUGCCUCAAAGAAUAUUCUCACCAAGAAUUAGCUUUCUAGGAGCUGUAUUAAAGCAAAAAGUAUGAUUUCUUGAAUAAAUAAGCAUAAUAAAUUCAUGUUUAACAUAUGUGCACUUUUUGCAAUUUACCUUAUAUGCAUUGGCGUUUAUUAUGUCAUUCUCUACCAUUAUGCAAAUUUUCGUCGCGAUUGCGUGCUGAGACUUAAGGGGGCCUAAACCCCCCUUCCCCCCCCCAGAUUUUAAGCAUACAAAAUAGCCCAGGUUAAAGGGUUAAAAGAUAAUUUUUUCAAACCCUUGUGGUGCAGUCACAUUUCCCCUGUGCCAAGUCAAAAACAGCAGUUUUCACAUUUUUUUGUACCUGCUACACUUAGGUGGUUUGAAUUAAACAGCUGUUUUUGACUUGCCGUACAGCCGCCGUUGGGGAAUUGUGAGAGUAAAAUGUUUAACCAAUACAUUUUCCAAUGUACAUGUAAGUAGUGCAUUCAUACAUAGCACUUGAAAGAUACUUUGAGUCUCACUGCUCUGAGUACUUUUUAAUAAUGUCAGUUCAAACAGGAUGCCUACAUGUAUCUUUAAUACAUGUUGAUAUUAAAAUAUAGUUUUGUUUUUUGAAAUAGUGAUGGAUGUUGUACACGUAGCCUUGCCACAUUUUUUAGCAGUGGAUCCUUAAUAUGGUCCAGGGAAUCAUAAUAAAAAAAACAGAAAACAAUGACCAAGUGUCUUGUAUAAACUUACAAGCCACAGCCAGGGGGAUUCAGGGAGUUUGAUUGAACCCCCUAGAUUUUCCCAAGCAGGAAAAUUAAGGGAGAAAAACGGGUUCUUUUGUCCGAAAAACCCAACAAGUUUUUCUAAUGACUUUUUUUGCUUGUCAAAUUUUUCAGCCAAGGAAUAGAAGGAAUCAAACCCCCUCAUGAACUUCCCUGGCUACGGAGCUGUAUUUGUGUUAUUUGUAAAUUACACUGCAUAAAUAGAAUCUUGUAGUUUUGCUGUGAA